AUGAUGGUCGUAUUUCGGCCGGUUUUCGUGCAAGCCCGAACCUUCGUCAGGGCCAGCUCAACAAAAUACCAACCCGCCGCUUACAGGUUUAAGUCUCAGCCCUUGCCAAAUGUCCCAGUAACAUCGAAAGCCUACAGCAUCGCCUUGGUAGGCCUCGGAUACCGGGGGUACAGAACCCAUUUCCUCAGUCUCCUGGGUAGCCCAUCCUUUUCAAUUAUCGCCGUUUGUGAUACCAACCUUGCGGCACUGGAGACUUUUUCCGUCAAACACCCAGGCGUUCCCACCUAUCAGUCCCUAUCCCAGCUCCUGCAGAGCCACACGCCGGACUUUGCUGUUGUAUCUGUGCCUCAUGGCGCCCACGUGGAAUGCAUCACCGCUCUAGCAGCGAAGGCCGUUUCUAUCCUAAAAGAAAAGCCUGUUGCGGAGUCAAUGGUCGAGUAUAACUGGAUGAGAAACCUGCCUGUGAGAAUUGGAGUUACCUUUCAGAAGCGCUUCGAGCCACACUUUCUGCAUUUCAAAAGCCUGCUCGCACUUGUUGGCGAUGCUGCCGCAGUCGAGGCUAACCUCGCAUUGAACAUCACAAACCUGGAGGAAACAUGGCGUGCCGACUCUGGGGUCGGAGUCACAGAAGACCUGGGAUGCCACAUGCUCGACCUUCUCGUGUGGCUAUUUGGUCCUCCUACCUCUGUGAUGGCGCAUCAGGUCUCCUCCGUGCGACCUUUGCAAAGAUACGGUGGUGACGAUAUCUCCGACAUCAUGAUGGAAUGGGGUCCUAAGAAUUGUAUAGGCCAUAUACGCUUAUCACGCGUCGCUCAUAGAAAUGCUCAAUCUAUUACCGUGACUGGAACCAAUGGUACCCUAAGUCUUGAUGGACACGAUAUCACUCACCAUGACACUCGAGGUCGAGAGACGUUGAAUAUCAAGCAUCAGCCGAACGAGAACCAAGUCAUUCAGUCGAUGGCUCAAGAAUUCGGCGACUGGGUUUCUGGCCGUCAGCCCGACUUUGCAACCUCUUUGGCAAACGUGCUGCACACGGUUUCGGUUGUCGACGCCAUAAAAUCGUCCUUUGCAAGUAGACAGGUCCAACGCCCUUUCUUACCAUUGUCGACCGGGGUUUCGGGUGCUGCAAAGAACCGGUCCUUGUCAAAAGCAUUCACUAGUCGAGUAGCCGUCGCCUCUUUUUGCACCCCCUCUUUUCCCAAUAACAGGCACAAACUCUUUCGCCUCAAUACAGGAGCUUCAAUUCCCGCCGUUGGUCUGGGCACUCGCAGAGCAGAGCGACCCGGGCAGGUUUACGAGGCUGUUCGUAUAGCAUUGGGAGUCGGAUAUCGUCAUAUUGAUACGGCACAGUCUUCCGGCAAUGAGCAUGAGAUUGGACAAGCCAUUAAGGACUCUGGUGUUCCCCGAAACCAGGUUUGGAUCACCACCAAACUGGACAAUAGGUGGCAUACCCGCGUUGAGGAAGCUCUGGAGCUGUCUCUCGGUGCGUUAGGCACGGAUUAUGUUGACCUCUAUCUCAUGCAUUGGCCUGUAUCGACAAGCCCCAAUGAUUCUGCUACCCAGCUUAACAAUUGGAACUUCAUCAACACAUGGGAGGAAAUGCAAAAGGUGCGAACGCACAAAGUGCACAACAUUGGGGUUUCGAACUUUGGCAUCACUCAUCUCCAGCGACUGUUGAGCCAUCAGUCAUGCAAAGUGGUGCCUGCAGUCAAUCAAAUUGAGCUUCACCCCUACUGUCCCUCUCGGAGGAUUCUCAUUUAUUGCAACAACCGUGGCAUCCACUGCACAGCGUAUUCUUGUCUGGGGUCCGCGGAUUCUCCGCUAUUCGAAGACCCGGUGGUGCUUGACCUCUCCCAACGUAAGGGGAAAUCACCGCAGCAAAUCUUAAUUAUGUGGGGCAUCCAGCGCAGCACCAGUGUAGUACCCAAAACCGUAAAUCCAGUGCGGAUCAAGGAGAAUAUAGAAUUGGAUGGCUGGGGCUUGAGUGGCCAUGACAUGGACUUGUUGAAUGGGUGCACUAUUCGGUUCAAAUCUUGUAACGACAACUGGUUGCCUGGAAGGGUUUUCUUCGGCGAUAAUGACUGA